AUUGUGCGCUUGCGCGACCGCUCAGUCUUGAAAGCCAUUGAAAGCGUCGACUUGCGUUCGCUUCCCGUGACCGAUGAUCCACGUUUCGAACCUUGGACAUUAUUUUUGUAUCCUUUCGUUGCUUGACGUCAUCCUGCGUCCUAAUCACCGAAAUCACGUACGUCGCUGCCUCCGACGAAAGGUGUCUAAAAGGUGCGGCGGGGCGAAGAGUGGCAACCGUGGAUGAACGGAGGAGGUGGUGAUCGUUUGGAGGUGGUUUAGUAGUAACGCGAGGCGCGAUAUAGUGGGGAUUGCGCGCAGCGCGGCGGAAAAGACAUCGACAGAAAUACGAUAUUCGCAUACGUGCGAUGUUAGCCGCUCAGCGGCCGAGUGAGUUAGCACAACGUGCCGUCGUUUCGUUUCCUCCCCGUACGUGCGUGCACGCGCCACGCCAAUGCGUGUCGGACGAUUGUUCUGAGCUUCGAUAAAUCGUGACCGCACGACAAUUUAAAGUGUCAAACCGUAAGCCCAACAUCAGCAGACACCAUGUUUUGGACGAAUAAUUACGUGUCAUCGCCGCAUAUCGAGGCACUACUCAACAAAGAGGAUGUUACUCUGCACGAAUUGAUGGAUGAGGAAGACAUCCUACAAGAAUGCAAGAGUCAGAACAAAAAGCUAGUUGAAUAUCUCACGAGGCCUGCAGUUAUGGAGGAAUUAGUGACAUUAACUAUUAAAGAACCAUCCAUGGACAUUGAGGAACGCUGGCGCUACAAAUAUCCUAAUGUCGCCUGUGAGCUGCUCACUUGUGAUGUGCCUACAUUGAACGAAAAACUAGCAGGUGAUGAAGCACUUUUGGCCAAAUUAUAUUCUUUCAUAGAUACAGAUCAGCCAUUAAAUCCAUUACUCGCAUCGUUUUUUAGUAAAACUAUUGGAGUACUUGUCGCACGUAAAGUUGACCAGAAUUGGUAUUCCUAUCAGUUCACAUGCUUACAGGUGUUAGAAUUUCUUAAGAGUCGUCAGAGAUGUGUAGAUCUACUGUUGCAACAUUUAGAAACAUCUGCUAUUAUGGACUUAGUACUAAAACUUGUUACUCAGGUUGAAGGCAGUGAAAUGCGCCAAAAUAUAUUGAAUUGGUUAGAUAGUCAACAUUUAGUGCAAAGACUGGUGAAAUUGUUAGCACCUACUUCAGAAGCAACUAAACAUGCCAAUGCUGCACAAUUGCUCUGCGAUAUGGUGACUGUAGCUCGAGAAAAUCAACGUACAUCUACAGAGCGUGCUGAUCCAGAUCCUAUUUUAAAUACUCUAGAAUCAGAAGAAACUGUGACUUUAUUAUUAGACACUAUCCUAACUGGAGAAAAGGUAGAAACUAGUAUUGUUGGCGGUAUACAGGUGCUUUUGGUGCUCUUAGGUCAAAAAACUAGCAACCCAUCAAAUGAGGGAGAUGUACACAAUAAUACCGAAGACGUUGCGGAUAAUGAGCAAUGUAUGAAGAUCACGAACUCUACUCUACCAUAUCUGGAACAGUUUUAUAAACUUCUUUUAGAUCCACCAUAUAAACCGGCUGUAAAAACAACAGUUGGAUUGUUAGAAUGUCCAUUAGGAAAUACUCGUUUGCAUGUAGCAAAGUUGUUAAGUGCAUUAUUGUCAACAGAAAACUUAAAGAUCCAUGAAACUUUAGCAAAUAUGGGAACAUUCCAAACAUUGUUGGGUCUGUUUUUCAAAUAUACAUGGAAUAAUUUCUUGCACACACAAGUACAACAGUGCCUGGCCUUAGCUAUUAAUUGCGGACAUCGGGAUAAUGAUAUUAUUUAUAAUAAUAUAUUUAUCAAGUGCAAGUUGAUAGAGAGAAUCUUAGAAGCGUGGGAUAAAAAUGAGAGUAAACAAAACAAGGAAAAUGGCGUUCGGCAGGGAUACAUGGGACAUUUGAUAAAUAUCGCAAACAAUAUUGUCACUCAGUGUGAAAAGAAUAAUAUACUGGCCAGCUUCCUGAAGAACAAUUUAUCACCCGAGUGUCUUAGUAAAUGGGAAAAUCUUGUGAAUACACAGUUGGUAGAAAUUAAUAAAAUUCAUCAAACUGUGAUGAUGGGUGAUCAGACUCCAGUGUACCUGAUGAACUCGGAAGAAAAUCCGGAUGAUUUUAAUUCCUACUCACAAGAAGCGUACAUGCAACAGAUGUACUCCACUUAUCAAGGUCAACAGAUAACGCCUCCGUUCAUCGAGAACUUCGGCUUCCCCGACGACGAGUUUAAUGACGGUGAUGAUGCGCUUCAUAAUCCAGUUGACCAAUUAACAACGUUGGCCUUUACCCUCAGUGAAGAAGAUCUCGACAAACGAGAAGAUAUGUUCAAUAAGCUGUGUCAGCAAAAGCAAAAGGCCGGACUUGAGGAUUGCGGUAGCGGUCUGGAAUGGGGCGAAGACGGAGAACUUACGUUCCAGACUGUGGUGGACAAACGAGAUUGGCACUCCAAGCAACAACAUCAGGAUUCUAGUUCGUCAGACGAGGACGACGAGGAUCCGACCGAUAUGCAUAUGGAGGCUGACACGAAUGAUCCCUGGGACAGUGGUGAACCCGCAAGUACCGGUCCCGCGCUCCCAACUGUCAAUCCGUGGGAUGUGACGCCGGAGCCGGUGGAAUCUACUGGCUGGGCUAAUUUCGAAAGUUUCGAAAACACUCCGAGCGCGGAAAAUACGGAAAACAAGAAACCGCACGACGAGCUUAAGGAAAAGAUGGAUACAACGGCCGCAAACUUAACAGAAGAUUCGAUUUUUUGCGAGAUUGUUGGCGAUAAUGACAAAACGCAGAGCAGAGAUUUUGUGAAAAAUGAACCAUCCGAGAUAGAUUUAUCAGAUAGAAAAACUGAUCUCAACAAAAGCGAAAUUAACGAAGAACCGACUGUCUCCGCUGCCAACGUUAAUAUUAAAGAGUUACCGGCUGACAGGGAUUCUAAAAGCGCGGAGGAAAACAGGAAUGUAAUGGAAAACAAAAUUGUAGAUGCCACAAAAGAUGCAACGGAGAACGAGGAUACGAAAUCGGACGUUCCGGUUGCAGCAGCUUCUCCGAGAAGCACGUCUGUUGACGCUGCAGAUUCCGUACCAGUGUCUAAAGAGACCAAAUGAAACGUUCUCCUCCUUAUCUACGUUAGACGAUCUAUAAUGGCAAUAGGAAGAGAAAAUCAUAUCAGUAUCGAGUCGUGCGCGAACGAUCGGAAGCAUAUUACGCCCUCUAUUUUUUAUUAGACACCACGUUAAUCAUGCUUUUUGAAAAAAAGCAUUGGCCCUGGGUACACCACAGGUCCCACUUCAGGGUAUCUCUUUUGAAUAAAUCCUAAUGCCGAAAAUGAUCGACGCUCAACUAUUAUUAGUAAAUAAUUUGAUGUUUAUUACACAUAUGUAAGUACCUACAUGUUUUUCCCCUUCCACAUCUCGUUCUUUCCUCUUAAAUCCCCUCCCAAAUGGUUAACAUUUUCCAAAUGCCCCCGAGAGAUUGGAAAUUGUUCAUUUUUAUCGCAUAUAUUUUACGAUUAUUAUUAAGAGUUUCGUAACUUGGUAUUUAUACGUAAUUGACAUCUGGUCUUUAUCAAAAUAAAAACAAAAACCGAAAAGCAAAAAGAGGAUAAAAUUGCAACUUCAUGAGUUAGAUGAUACGCAAUUUAUGUACAAGCAAUUUUGUAAAAUAUUGAAAGAGACUAAAAUAGAGAGAGAGAGAGAGAGAGGAGACAUUAGAUGAAUUUCCGCACGUCUCCCGCACGUAACAUUUGAUUUAUUUUUCACACGACACGCGCUAUAAGUUUGUAUAUUAUACGGAAAUGCGAAAAAGAAACAAGAGAAGAGUUACUGUAACGCCGUUUACUACUUAAGAUCGAUAUUUCACAAACCAGUGCUUUUGCUUAAUUCUUUGAUAAGGCAAAGGUACUUAGGUGCAGUGCCUACUGUCUAACUGAAUGUACAUUAGUUCAAGAUACACGAUACGAUCAGAAAAAGAAGAAAAGAGAGAAAGAAUCGAGAGUAUUUUUAUUACCCUUCGUAAUAUUUGGUCGAAAUUUGUACAUGAUAAUUGUAUUUUAGUCGGAGCUCACUUGACAAAUUUGCGCGCUUAUUUGCAUUCCAAUAAAAAACAAAUAAAUAAAAAAAAAAAAAA